AUGAGUAAGGAUUUAGUUCUCAAAGAGAUCCAGAAAAAGUUUCCGGAUGUGGUUUCUUCAAAAACAGGCCACUGUACGAAAUUUCAAUUGCGGUUAGAGCUAAAACCUGAUUCCAAGCCCGUUUACAUUCCAAAAAGAAAUGUUCCAUAUGGAGUUGCAAUUCUAGUAGAAGUGGAAUUGAAGAGACUAGAAAACUGUGGUAUCAUAACACCAAUCACAUACUCAGAUUGGGCAGCACUUAUUGCCGUGGUACGUAAACCUAACAAUAAAAUUGGUAUCUGUCCAGACUACUCCACAGGUUUAAACAACCCUUUGGAACCAAAUGCUCAUCCAGUUCCUACUCCCAAUGAAAUGUUUGCGAGAACUACAAUGUUGUUAUGGAAGUCAUAA